UUCUCUACCUCGGUGAUUCGCUCACCAGUCUGCGUGGGUAUUUACACCCGUGGUGUAGCUACAACAAGGCGCAACCAUGGACCUUGUGGAUCUUGCUAUGCAAGGGCUCUCUGUCUUUGGAUUCAUUCUUUUUCUCGUACUCUGGUUUAUGCAUUUCAUGUCCAUCAUCUAUGUCCGACUCUGCCUCAACAAGAAGAGCAGUGACAAGCAGCCCUACAGUAAGCUGGCGGGGGUCUCUCUACUGAAGCCUCUGAAAGGAGUAGACCCCAACCUCAUCAAUAACCUGGAGACCUUCUUUGAACUCGACUACCCCACGUAUGAGAUCCUGUUGUGUGUGCAGGACCAUGAUGACCCAGCCGUUGAUGUGUGUAAAAAGCUCCUGGGAAAAUAUCCCAACGUAGAUGCUAGGUUGUUUGUAGGAGGGAAGAAGGUUGGCAUCAACCCCAAGAUUAAUAACCUGAUGCCAGGUUAUGAGGGGGCAAAGCACGGCCUGGUGUGGAUCUGCGACAGCGGAAUACGAGUGAAACCGGACACCCUGACGGAUAUGGCCUAUCAGAUGACGGAGAAGGUGGGGUUAGUCCAUGGCCUUCCCUAUGUGGCCGACAGACAGGGCUUCGCUGCUACACUAGAACAGGUGUAUUUUGGCACGUCCCACCCGCGCUCCUACAUCUCAGCCAACGUGACGGGUAUUAAGUGUGUGACCGGAAUGUCCUGUCUGAUGAGGAAAGAUAUCCUGGACCAGGCUGGAGGGCUGAUCGCCUUCGCUCAAUACAUCGCUGAGGACUACUUCAUGGCGAAGGCUAUCGCUGACAGGGGAUGGAAGUUCUCCAUGGCAACACAGGUAGCCAUGCAGAACUCUGGGUCCUAUUCGAUUGCUCAGUUCCAGUCCCGCAUGAUCAGAUGGGCCAAGCUUCGUAUCAACAUGCUCCCCGCCACCAUCUGUGAGCCCAUCUCGGAGUGUUUCCUAGCCAGCCUGAUCAUUGGCUGGGCGGCGCAUCACGUGUUCCACUGGGAUAUUAUGGUCUUCUUCAUGUGCCACUGUCUGGCGUGGUUCAUCUCUGAUUACAUCCAGCUCCGAGGAGUCCAGGGCGGUGCGCUGGCCUUCUCCAAACUGGACUAUGCUGUAGCCUGGUUCAUCAGAGAGUCCAUGACCAUCCAGAUCUUCCUGUCGGCCCUGUGGGACCCCACCAUCAGCUGGAGGACGGGGCGCUACAGGUUACGAUGUGGGGGUACGGCCGACGAGAUCCUGGACGUAUAGCUGUACUGUCCCACCUACAGGGACAAUACCCUGGGUCCAAUCACCCCCAGGGGCCAGAGACAAUACCCAGACACAGACUGAGACCCGUGUCCCGGAUGGUACCCUACAUAGUGCACUUUCUGACCUGGGCCCACACUUGCCCAUACUUUCUGCUCUGCUCAACAGUAGUGGACUAUAAGAGCCGUAGGUUACCAUUCGGGACGCGGACAAAGAGAUGGUAACGUUAAGAAGAAAGAAACAGCUAUGGAAUCAUCCAAAACUUUUGGCUGUUUUUAACCUGCGUGUUAAAAUGUUUUCAUUCUUUAUGUUACUGUUGCUUGUCUUUCCUGUUUUUUAUUUAAAACUCUUGCUUGGACGAUUCUCCAAUAGGGAGACCGGGUUGUGGGCUGUGUCCGGCCUGUGUCCCAAAUGCACCCUAUUCCCUAUGUAGUGCACUACUUUUGACCAGAGCCCAAUGGGCCCUAUAAAGGGAAUAGGGUGCCAUUUGCAAAUAGCGUGACUCUCUUCAGCCAGGCUUUGGGGGUAAGAUGUGCACUUCUUACUGUAAGCUUCACUGGGCUAUCAUUAAUAUGUUGGUACAAUAUCGCUAAGUCUCAAGCAGCACUAACUAGAAUAAAAUCAUUCUCCACUCACUUUAAAAAUAUAUAUUUUUUAAAUAUGAGAACUACAAUUUAUGAAUUCCCUUUGCUCCAUUUUUUUGUUGUUGUUGCCUGGUCAGAUUUAUUUUCAAGCCAUGUGCUGGUACUCUGAUCUGUAGUUAUCUGAGCCGACAAGAUCACAGCUCUACUUACUCAUCAGGAGUUUCCUGCUUAGCUCCUGGAGAGUUACUUCCUGGUUGUGCAAGGUUUUUAUUACAACCCAGCACUAACACACUUUGGGUCUGGACCAUUGAUUAGCUGAUUGGGUGUGUUUUGGUGCAGGGUUGGAACAAAAGCCCGACCCUACAGUAUGAAGCUCUGUUCCACCUUCACUCCUGUGAAGUUCCCCUGUCUGGUCUGUCAGUGUGCUGUCAUUUAAACACAAGAAGACAGGCAGCAAUAUAAAGUUUAGGCUGAAACAU